UCAAUGAUUUGAAGUAUGUAAUGCGAGAAAAAAUAUCACACGCUCAAAUGUUAAAAUCCCAAUUUCCGGUGAACUAAAAUCGGCACUUUCACGUUUUAAGAAUCUAGUUAGCCAAGCCAAUAAUUUAUCGUUGGAUUCUUGGUAACAGGAGAACAUGGAGAAGAACGAGAAAGAUUUCUCUUCGGGUUCUCACCCAAGAAAUACAGAUGACAUGGGUGAUAAUAUAUCGGAUUCAGUCCCAGGCAAAUGGAUAGCCGAUUUAUUUUCACCAACAUUUGACAUGGAAGUAGUUAUAAGAGCCGCAAAAGACGGUGGGGAAAUGGAUACCAAAAUAAAUAGAUGGAAUGCUUUAGAUGCAGAGAACAUUCAACAAAUUUAUCAAAAAGUUCGAUUGAUGAAACUCCUAGAUGAAGAAAUACAGAAACAAAAUUGUGAACGACAAGGACUAACAAGAAAAACAACAGAAUCUGAUGUUAAACUAGAUUUGCAACAAGGUCAAGAAAUGGAUUUAUUGAAUGACCCUUCUACUACUAGUUCUACUCCUACUAUGUCUCGACAUGUAAGACGAAACCUUGAAAAGCAUGAUGGAAAUGACGAACUCCAGAAUUCGGUCAUCUGGGAUUCUGAGGAACUGGGAGUUUUGCGUAAAGUUUUCAGAUCUGCUAAAGAUGAAAUUUCUGAUUUGAAAGUAAAAUUAAGGGAAACGGAAGAACGGAACAAAUAUUUAGAAAACACAGUUAAAAAGCUUGAAUACGCCCUUGAAAAAAAUACUGUCCAAUUAACCGAAGCUAAUAAGGCAAAUGGUAGACUAAAAAUUCAUUGUGAUAAUUUACAACAUCAGUUAGAUCAUAGUUCUGCUAAAUUAGACACAGUUACGGAUAUGUGGAAAGAAAUUGACAUGGAAAAAAAUAAAAUGAUGAAAGACAUGCAUGAAAUGAGAGUUACCUAUGAUAAAGACCAGUUGUUACUGAAAAAUACAAAUUUAAAAUUAGAAAGUGAGAUUCGUGAAAAGGAAAGAGCAGUUGACAUGGCUGUUCAAAAUACUAAAAUUAAAUAUGAAAAACAAUUAAUGAAUCUACAUGAACAAUUAGAGAAACAAACUGAUGAUUUCCAUAAAGCUGAACAGACUUAUAGUGUUACCAGCAAAUCAUUAAAACAAUUAAGACAUCAUUUUUCAAGUUUACCUCUCAAUAACAUUAUUCCUCCUAAUUCUGUGAUUGAAGAUGAAGUGCCUCAUGUGGACCAUAUAUCAUAAACCUCGCAGGUGCUUUUGAGAAGUGAAAAAUGUCUUUAAAAAAUAACAUUUUGUUCAUAAUCACAAUGACAUACAUACAUGUUACUAGGUUAGCAAGAUGAUCAAAUUCAAGGGCAAAUAUUGAGAAGUUAGCUUAUAAAUAGUAAUUUAUACUUAUUGAGAAGUGGUUUCCGACAAGUUAUUUGUCCCUGACUUUGAUUCUCUCACAAGAAUCUGAGCUUAAUAAUAGACUUUAGACAAUAAACUUACUGAACUUAGCCUCAGCUUAAUGUUUUUGAAAAGUUUUCCAUGUUACAUGUACAAGCGUCUCUGUCAGAAACGUGUGUCAAACCAUGUUUUAGAAGUUAGGAACUUCCAGAUACACCAUAAAAUCUUAUGUACUUUCUGCUGUGGUCCCAAAGUCUAAACCUGCCUUGGUGAAGAGAACGAAAGUGUUUACUUUCGUGAAUUGAACAGAGAUGUCAGAUGUGGUGUACAGACCUAAAAAUGUAGAAUUCAGAUAUUAAAUAGACAUCUUUUCUUAGCUAUAUUAGAUUUAAAGAUGCAUUAUUUAAGAUUUAAUAAAUAAGGAACUGGGCACUAUUGCUGUAAUAGUUCCAAAAUAGAUAAUUGAAAAUUUAAUUCAAAUUACUUUGUUCGGAGCAAAGUUAUCAUUAUUUGAAGUUUUGACAAAAUGUGGUAUAGAUUCUUUAUUAUCAUACUCAUAGCAACGUUACUUGUUAAUCGCAACUCAGCCUCGCUUCUCCAUUUUUAAAUUAUAUUAUUAAAUGGCAAUCGUAUUUCAAUCGGUUUACAUCUCCGCCAGGGGGGUUGGAUGGCUGAAUGGUUAGCGUGCGCGCGCUGUAUCAUGAAGUCUGUCAUUGAGUCGACUGGCGUGGUUUCGAAUCCCCGGUUGUACGUGACAAGGAGUAGGGUCGCCUGUCCAACCUCGUGGGUUUUCUCCGGGUCCUCCGGUUUCCUCCCAUUGCUAAAGGCCCUAUGCGCAAGCGAAUUAUUGAAAUAAAAUUAAACCAUAUGUUAGUCCCGAAAUGACCUAGUUUGUGUCAAGUGGACGUUAAACCCCAUUUCUUUCUCUCUCUCACAUCUCCGCCAUCCGAUGAUCUAGAGAGUUGUAAAUAAAUGUCAAAAUAAUAAUUUAUAUAACAUUUGAAGCCAAAAUAAAAACCUGCUCUACUCAAAUUUAGCUCUUUCAUAGUUCAUCUUUAAUAAUUACAAGUACAAAUGUAUUAUUCAAAUCAAUUAUUGGUAGAGGCCAAUGUUAAUAUAAAUAUAAAGAUUAGAUUUGUGUGUAACUACAUGUAACCAAGUAGAUAGGGCCUAAUUGUAAAAUUAAUGAGGUGUCUGAAUAGUUAUUUGCGAUUUUUUUUUAGGACUGGACAUUUAUAAUGUAUUUCAAUAUAUUAUUAAAGAAUAAAUUUAUAGAC